AUGUCGACCAGGGCGAGAGCCCCAGUUGCGACACCUCCGAUCAUCACAGGCUCGCCUUCGGUGCGCACCUCCCACUGCGAAUCUGGCGCGUUCCAUACCCCAGAAACACUCUCGCCCCUGGAUGCCGAUUUAAGCGCUUCAGACUUCUUCAUGGCCGACGACGCGCGGAGGCUCGUCUCCCCGAGUAUCGACGACUCCAUAACACACCCCGAACACGACGCGCACGAAACCACAGCACCCUCGGACAACGGGGAGAAAUAUGAGCACGAGGCGACCGCCACUGACUUACAGGGCCCAGAAGAUCACAGUAUCCUGCCCCCCUUGACCGACCGCGACGAUGACAGUUUAUUUCCCUUGUCCGAAAAUGGCGACCAUGAGCGCGGGAACAACCAGACGCUCAUUGAGGAGCGCGAGAUGCGCCGGAAGCUGAUGGACAUGGAAUCGAGCUUUUUGCCGGAGCCCUCGACCAUUGACGUUGCCGCGACUGGCCCCACGGCCGGCGCAGAUGAUACUUACCUGGUUGGAGUUGGUGGUGACUACGAAGCCGACUUGACACAGCAGACCGAGUCUUCUCAGUUCUCUUUCAUACCGCCGUCGGAGACCUACCAUGAUCGAGAACAGAAUCAAGAUGGCUCCACCGAGGGAACAGAGCAUGCGCAUUAUGACACUACGCCGGGCGCACAUGCGCAACAAGAACAAGAUAAUGAUACAACAUUUGAUACCCUCGCAUCAUCACCUACAGCAUCGGCCGCGGCUCGAUCUGCAUAUCGCAAUCAAUCUACUCUCUCCGAAAAUGUUCCUGACAGCAACCAGGUUUUGCAGGAUGAGCGGCCUUUCAGAUCCCAAAUGUCCCAAUCAGAUAACGAGUCACAACUCACGCCCUCUAAACUCCGUCACACAUCUCCCAGCCCGUCCCCGGGCCCUUCGAGGCUAUUCAGUGAUCAGAGCGGUAGCGCUGGAGCUAGUCUCUCCCGAAAAGGAAGCCGGCCCAAAUACUUGACCAGUCGCCAGUCCGCCCACCGUCUCUCACACUCUUCGGCUGCAAGUAAUAACACUGAAACUACAAACAGCGAUGCGACACUGGGUGCCGACUUCGCGCUCCAGUCUGGAGGAGCAACGUCAGAGCACUGGGGCAGCUUCAAUGCAGGAUCUCUCAGCCACAAGACCCGGACGACUAGCCUCGGAAGUAUGGCAUCUGGCGUUUCAGGAUAUAGCGAGGAGAACUAUCUGGAGAGGCGAAAUGCCGUGCCAGGCGAUGGUGGCCUUCAGACAUUGGAAGAGGAAAGCUCGCCGAAGUCCUUACGACAACACUCAGGCUUCGAUGAAAUAUCAGCCCCCGAAACACCAAAGGCCAGACCCCGGGACAGCUUUCCGACUGACACCGCAAUUGCAGAGCGUGUCAAAGGCAUUCAAGUUCCCACCAACUUCGUGCAACGGUUCCGAGAAGACUUUGGAAACACGGGACCCUCUCCAGAGAAGCGUGCUGGUGCUUCAACCCCGGCAUUUGGCCGAAGUGGUCGUACGAUGACUCUCAAGGAGCAGAGUAGUACCAUUGAUCGGCUCUCGAAGGAAAACUUUGAUCUGAAGAUGCGCAUUCACUUCCUCAAUGAGGCUCUGAACAAACGAUCUGAAGAGGGCAUAAAGGAAAUGAUCUCUGAAAACGUCGAACUCAAGUCGGACAAGCUGAAACUUCAAAAGGAUAACCAUGGGCUCAAGCGCAAGAUUCGCGAUUUGGAAAAACAAAUGAAGGAUCAACAAUCUGACAAGGACUCCAUGGUGAAUCACGACCCCGAAGCAUCGGAAGAUGAUCGGGACUCUGCGCAAGAUGGAGAAAUAGUGUUUUUGCGGGAACGCGUUGAAACGUAUGAAGUCGAAAUUGAGCGGUUGAGAUCAGAAAGCAUUGCCCGAGAGGCCGAGAAGCGACGGCUCGCUGAAAUGGUCACCUCGCUGAGUGAAAACCGGGGAGGGUCAGAUUCGGGCGCACGAGAAGAGAGGAACAUGUGGAAGGAUAUGUUGGAUGCAGAGACAGCAGCUCGUGAACAAGCCGAAGAGGAGAACCGCAAACUACGGGAUGAGACGCUUCGAGGUGCCCUGAAUACAUCCAGCAGCAGUCCACUCAUGAUGGAGCUUGAACUCUUGAAGCAAGAGAAUGCAGAGUUGAGAAAGGAAGUCAGCGCACAAACUUCGAUGCUCACAUCUCGCAACCGAGAGAAGGAGCGUCUAUACCAGGAGAUUGAAGAGUUGAAGCUUGGUUCGCGGCGCGAUGGCAGCCGAUCUGUCGCCGGAGACAGCAUUCUUGAUCGCUCGGCGUCACGCGCUCAGAUGCGGCCAUCUUCUGAACACAGCGACGGGACUGGAUCGCACGGUUACAUGGAUCGCGAUGAACUGGAAGCCCGGAACGGACAGCUUCGUGACCAGUUGUCGACACUCAAGCUCGAGAACCAGGCCAUUCGAGCCCAGCUUAACGACUAUGUCAACGAACUAGACGAACUUGAUAAGGCGUACCAGGCUGAUGUUGACCAGGCCGAGGAGGAAAUAACGAACCUGCAGCAGGAGCGAGACCAAGCCAUGCAGGAGCGAGAUCAGGCCAUGCAAAUGGCUGAUGAGCGUGAUUCUGCGUUCCAGGAUCUUCGUGCCGAGGCGCAGGAGGAACUAGAUGCUCUCGGCGAAGAGCUUGACCAGAAGAUCGUUGAGUGUCAGCGCAUGAACGAAGACCUGAGGAAUCAAGAUGAGAGCCUCAAGAUUCUACAAGCAGAAAUGCGUUCGGCCAGCGAAGGCAUCAUUCGCUUGGAGGAAGAUGCGCAGAACAACCUUGAGAGAUAUAAGGCUGUGCAGCAGGAGCUGGAAGAAACCAAUCGCGAGAUGGAGGAACUGGAGAAGAGCCUAUUCGAAGCCAAUACCAAGGUUCAACGCUUGACCGUGCAGAUCGAAUCGAGCCAGAACGAGAUUGCCUUCCUUCGGGAAGAACAAGAUAGCGAUAAGAUCCGCAUCGGUGAUCUGGAGUCUGAAUCGAAGAUGUACCAGAUGAUUUUGCACAGCGAAAAGGAGAAGACCAGAGAGCUGGAGCAGCGGUUGGCAGACGAGCGACACCAACGUGAGGUUGUUGGAAGCAAGGAGAAGCAAGAGGUCCAACGGAUCAUGAAUGAACUGAACCGUGAAGCCUCAGCAGCCAAGGAAGAUGUUCGCAGGUUGAAGAAGAGCCUGUCCACUCAAGAGAUCGAGACCACUACCUGGCGCGAACGUCUUAUGGAUCUCGAGAAUAACCUCCGAGAGACCCUGGGAGAUCUCAGCGGCAGCCGAUCGAGUCUGAUCUCCAACAUCAUGAAACUCCAAAAGGAGCUGGAGUCCACCGCCCUUGAAUUGGAAAGCUUGCGGCAGCAAUUCGAUGAGAAGGACUCGUUGCUCCGAAACCGUGACGCUCUCCUGGAAAGUCAUGGCUUGGAGUCCCGCAAGCUCUCCGAGCUGCUGGAGCGUGAGAGACAAGCUCGUCGGGCCGACAAGCAGUCCUUCGAACAAUCUCUCAAGUCCCACCAGCAAGCGUCUCGCACCAUCACCAACAACAAUUCUCGCAUUACCGAGCUGGAGAACGCUCGAAACCAGGAUCGCAAGCGAUUCGCAUCCCUUGAGCAACAGUUCCGGGAUCAACUGAGCGAGCGUAAUACAAUAUUCCUUGCGAUUUGGAAGAGACUGUCCUCGAUCUGCGGGCCGGAUUGGGCUCAUUCGAACAGUCUGAUCAAUGGCAAUCUUCCCAGCCAGGAAGUCAUUGGCAACAUUUUGUUUUGGCCCGGCUUCAGCCGCAAUUUGUUGCUUGCUGUCAAGACCGUUGAGGGUGUAGUCAGCGGGUUCAAGAGCCGGAUCAAGAGCAUCGAACAUGACCUGACCAAGCAAUACUCAAACCUCGAGCAUUCCUUCAAUCAGCGAGCCCGGAGACUCGAGCGUGUUGAGGAGGCCGUCAAGAAUAUGCGGUCUGGAAGGGGCCACUCGAUCUCUUCCUCGUCAUCGGAAGCGGCCAAGUUGCGAGGCGAGAACCGGCUCUUGAAGGCCGAGAUCAAUCUCCUCCAGUCCAAUACAAGGCCUCAUGGGUCGGCCUCUGCGACAGCUGCGGCCGUGAUGUCCCCGCGAUCCCCAUCCCUCGGUGGAACAGAGAAUGCGGAGCGAUCGUUGUCACGUCACAACUCCACAUCUGGCGGGGAUAGAUCGCGCUCGGAGAGAACUCUCACACGCAGCUCCACGGGCCUGCCACAACCCUCUCACACCUCGUCAACCAGCACGUUGACCAACAAUGCCGGGGCCAUGACGCAUCGCUCGCGCAGUGGAACGGCCAACUGGGAAGGCACCGAUGACAAAUGGGUUCAUCGACUGCAUGAGUUGGAGAGGCGGCUCAAGGCUGAACGAGAGGGUCGUCUUCUCGACCGCAAUGGAGCGCGAAAGCGGCUGGAGGAGCGUGAUGUCGAGAACCAGAGACUUCGCGAUCAACUUCUGCGAGAACGCACACGGCGUGGCCCGUCUGGGACAAUUACCCAGCCUCCGCAUGGCCGUGUCCCGACCUCCGAUGAAGGCCAGACCUCGAGUGAAGGGGAGGGCAUCACGGUGGACAUUGAAGUAUGA